GUGCACCACCAUGCCCGGCAGAAACCUUUAUUUUUGAACCCAAAUAUCCAACUGCAUUCUUCUCUGCCUUUAUACACUGUACCCACCCUUGACAUCCCACCACUGAGCGUUGUGUGCUGUACUCAAGACCAGCUCCUGCCAGCCUCGCAAUGUCAGACCCAGCCAGGGCUCACACCAGUUUCUCUGGGAAGACACCUCUCUUCCCAGGAGUCAAGGGCAGCAUGAACUCAAGCGUUCGUCCACAGAUGAAUGGAUAGACGGAACACGGUCUCGUCACAACAUGGGAUAGUGUUCAGCCCCGCCACGUUGUGCUGGCGUGAACCACCCUCGGUACAUGCGUGACCGUGCCAUGAGGCAGCUUGUACCACCUGCUGGGACUGACUCACACCCUCCGAUGAGACCGUCGUGCACCGAUCCCCAGUGGUUCAGAGCCACCCGGAAGCCACACAUGUGAAUGAAGGCCCCCUUGUGAAAUGUUACCAAAAUAAAACAAGGAGAGGGAUUUGCACACGUGCUCCGUCACGGAUGCCCCUGGAGAAUAUCCACGUCAAGAGAAAUGAGCCCGAGACCGGUGCGGUCUUAUUCUCCUAACGUGAGCUACCAGGAGAAGUCAGAUUCACAGACCGAGAACAAAGGCGGUUCCCAGCCCAAGGAGGCUCUGGCCCAUUCCCCUUGCUCCCCUCCCCAGGGGACUGGGACAGCUCGCCUUGGUGGCGGCCCCGCGUGUUUAGUGGCCACCUCCUCCAGACUGGUCCUGCAGGCGCGGUGCAGCUCAGCGGUCGGCCGCGGUGCCUCGCCCACGCCCUCCGCUGCAGACGCGGAAGCAGCAGAGGAACCCGCUAACCCGGCUCAGGCCCGGUGGGAGAGGGACCAGGGCCCGAAGAGUAAGGUCUCCGCCCGGCCAUUUUGUCUUGAAGAUGCAGCCACUGUCCGUCAAAUGGCUCGCGCUGUCCCUCCGCCUCACUGAGUCCGCACCGUGACAGCUGCCAUUGUCUUGAGGCCCCACCCCCUCUUGAACCAAUCACAGAUCUGCACUUGGACUAAGCGGUGGGUCCAAAUUUGAACCAAUCACAGGCCUACACUGGACCAAUCACAGGUCUGAAACUGCUAUAUAAGCAGCACUCCGGCCCGCAGUUUGGGUUCCUGUAGGAGGACUCUGGUGUGCUGGCCGCCUCCACCUGUCCUCACCACCUCCAAAACACAUGCCUCCCACGCAACAUCCCAGCACAGGAGUGGAUCUCUCCACCACCACCGAUCCAGAAUCGUCGAGGUUUGUGUUUUGAAGGCUGCGGUAGAGCACAUUUGAAUUCACCCUGAAGUAUCUAUCGAAUCGGGACAGCUCACAGGAGAGACUGAGCUGGGGGUUAGGACUGCACUCUGCCUGCACUCUGGUCUUGGGAGCGUCUGGUGGGCCGUCGUGUGACUCUCGAGUCUACAGAAGGGAAUGGGGAGCCCCGUGUGGAUGGCAAACCUCUGAGCAAAUGAGGAAGGAGAGGAGGUGGAGGAGGAGGAGAGAGGCAGACACCGAGAGAUCAAGAGGAAGAGAGAGACGGAGAGAGGAGAGGCCUUCCCUGGACCCCCUGUCACCUGCACCCCUACCUGAGCCGGGUGGACCCCUCACCUCCCAGCCUCAGUGACACAGGAGGGACUCGAAUGAGCCCCAGGAGGUCUCGUGCCCGUGGGUGAGGGGCCCAGCACCUUGGCCAAGGCCACAGCCCUCUCAGGCCGCCCAGGAACCGAACAAGUCAUCGUCGCCUGCGCAUUUCCCCUUCCACCAGGGCGUCCGGCCGGUGCCCAUGCAGCGGAGCUGGUCCCAGGGCUUCCCCGGGCCCAUGGUGGUCCCGCCUGCCUCCCUUCAGCGGCCCGUGAGCGCCAGGGGGAAGAUGUUCUCCUUCGUCGUGGACCACAGGUCCCCCAUCCUCAAGCAAGUGUGGACCAGCACUGUGGAUGUGGCAGAACAACCCAUGGCUGAGGGAAUUCCUGGGGCAGCCUCUGCCUCAGAGAUUUAUGUGGAUCAGGACCUGGCCCAGCAGGAAAAGGAUGAAAUAAUCCUGCUGCUGGGGAGAGAAGUCACCCGUCUCUCAGAUUUUGAGCUUGAAUCCAAAUACAAAGAUGCAGUCAUAGCAAAGCUGCAAAACGAAGUGGCCAGGCUGAAUCAGAAGCUGUCAGAAACCGCCACCUCCAGGCAGAGCGACAGGGGCAUCCCCGAGAAGUUCCAGGGCCCGGAUGAAGACAGCAGUGCCAGGCAGCAGGAGAUCCAGAGCUUGAAAAGCCAGCUCCUCCCACAGGUCAGUGCCCUGCAGAAGGACUACAGCCAGGUGCUGUUGCAGACCCUGUCCGAGCGGAACUCGGAGAUCGCAUCCCUGAAGAGUGAGGGCGAGAACCUGCGGAGGGACAGCGCCCGCACAGCCGGGAAGGUGACAUCUUUACAAAAAGACAUGUUAGCAAGGAAUAUGCAAGUUCAACAGCUAAAAGAGGAAGUGAAUCAACUAAAGAAUCAGAACAAAGAAAAAGAGUACCAGCUGGAGGCCCUGAGCUCCAGGUGCUCAACCCUCAAAGAAGAGUUAAGAAAGGAAGGUGCCCAAAAGGAGCACAGGGAAGCCCAGGAGAAGGAAUUAAAACGCUGCAAAACGCAAAUCCAAGAUAUGGAGAAAGAAAUAAAGAAGCUCAGGGAGGAGCUGAGGAAGUGCUCUUCUGAGCAGAGCACCAUCUCCAGGACACUGCGAGAGAAGAGCAAGGUUGAAGAGAAACUUCAGGAGGAUUCCAGGAGGAAAUUGCUUCAGCUGCAGGAGAUGGGGAACAGAGAGAGCCUCGUUAAAGUCAACUUGGUCAGGGCAGUAGGUCAGCUGGAGCACUUCAGAAGCCAGGUCGUCAAGGCCACCUGUGGACGAGUGAAGCCGUCUCUAAGCGGGCCCAUCACCGACCGGCAGCUUAUAGAGAGGAUCACCCAGGUCACCGAGGACAACAUCAACUUUCCACAGAACAAGUGGAGCCUGGAGAAGGGGACCCAGCCGAGCAACUCCAGGCAGGAGGAGACCUCGGAGAACACCGAGAGGCUGAGGACAGCGCUGGAAAGCUGCCAGGGUUGCAUGAAAACAUCCUGCUGCAGCAGGGACCUAAAGCGGGAGGUGGAUCUUCUGCGGGGCCUCCGGGUGAGCCCACCCGUGUCGGGACUCCAGAAGGUGACCCUGGACAUCCUGAGCCUCUCACUGUCCUGGCUGGAGGGGACGGAGCAGCUCCUCGGGGAUGUCGGCCUCCUGCUUCCCGGCUCUGACAAAGGCUUCUCUUUGUAUCUCACGUGUCUUCUGGAACACUAUAAAAGAAUUAUGAGCCAGACGCAAGAACUCCAGGUCCAGAUCAACAGUUCUCAGGAAGUGCAACAGGCCGUGCUGCAGGGGAUGCUGAAGGAGCAUCUGGUGGAGAAGGAGAAGCUGAGCAAGGAGAGGCUGGAGCUGGAGGAGAAGCUGAAAGCCAGAAUCAAAGGGCUGGUGGAAGAGAGGGAGGCUUUGGAGGACAACGUUGCCCAAGAGAGAAACAAAGCCAAGGACCAACAGAAGAGGGUCUGCGAGCUGGAGGAGCGGCUGGCCCAGCAGAAGGAGGCUUUGGAAGACAACAUUGCUCAGGAGAAAGGCAGAGCUAGGGAGGCCUUAGAGGAGGCGCAGAGGAGGGUCCGAGAGCUGGAGAACUGCCUGGCCCGCCAGAAGGAGGUCUGGGAGAGCGCCACGGCCCACGAGAGGAGGAAAGCCAAGGAAGCACUAGAGGCAGAAAGGAGGCGAGCGCAGGAUCUGGAGAACCGCCUGGCCCAGCAGAAGGAGAUCUCCGAGAACAGGGUCACCUGCGAGCAGCACAAGGCGAAAGAGGCCUUAGACAAGGAGCGGCGGCGGGCACAAGAGCUGGAGAACCACCUGUCCAAGCAGAGAGAGGAGAUCGAAUUAAAAGGACGGAGAGAGGAUGAUUUAAAUGAUAAAUUAAAAGACGCACUGACCCAGGUGGAGGAGACUCAGCGCAUGAGGAUGGUGGAAAGUCAGAAAGCAGAGAACCUCACCCUGAAAUUAAAUGAAACGUUAGACGAGCUGGAGACUACCAAGACAAAAAUGAUCCUGAUGGAAGAGACGAUAACACUGCAACAGCAAGCAGUGAAGUCACUCCAGGACGAGCGGGAGUCACAGAAGCACGGAUUCGAAGAGGAAAUCGUGCAAUAUAAGGAGCAAAUCAAGCAGCACUCCCAGACGAUCGUGAGUCUGGAGGAAAGGCUCCAGAAAGUGACCCAGCGCCACAGGAAAAUAGAAGGAGAGAUCGCGACUCUGAAGGACAGCGACCCAGCUCAGAAGGAAGAACAGCCAGCAAGGCCCCCAGCGGUCCCGCCCUCGGACGGCAGUGCCAAGGAGACAGCCUGCAACCACUUGAUAGACGACCUCCUGGCUGCGCAGAAGGAGAUCCUGUCUCAGCAGGAGAUCAUCAUGAGGUUAAGGCGGGACCUGAACGAGGCCCAUGGCCGAAUGACAGACUUGAGAGGGGAGCUGAGCGAGAAGCAGAAGAUGGAGCUGGAGCGGCAGGCGGCCCUGGUCCAGCAGCAGAGCGGUGAGCUGAGCGCCCUCGAGGCCAAGAUGGCACAGAUGAGCAGCCGCGUGGAGAAGAAGGACAGGGAGCUGGAGGCCCUCAAGGAGGCCCUCAGGACUUCCCAGGAGGAAUGCAAGCCCCACGCAAGCCCUGAGAAGGAGCGGGAGCCGAGGACCCCGACCCAGAAGUGUGACAUUUCGGUGCAGAUAGACCCGGUCUGCCUGGAUGUUUCCUCAAGCAGCCAAGAGGCGCAAUCCUUCAGUGACCUGGGGGCCAAGUGCAGAGGGCACCGGCAUGAGGAAGUCAUCCAGCGGCAGAGGAAGGCCUUGUCGGAACUCCGGCUGCGAAUCAAAGAACUGGAGGCCGGGCCUCCAAAUCCUAAGGACCACCUCAAAGAAUCACUUCUAGAAUUAAAGACUCUCAGAAUGGAAAACAGUGUCCCCACAAGGUUAUUGGACGCAAAGCCCAUUUUGCCAAUUCUUUCCAGAGUACAGAUCCAAGAGAAUGGCUUUACCAACUCGGGGUCCAGCUCCACCACAGAGAAGUCAGGGAAAGCAGACAUGGCUGAGGCCUUAGAGCUCAGUGAAAAACUGUACAUGGACAUGAGCAGGACACUGGGGAGCCUGAUGCACGUCAGGGCCAUGUCAGGACACGUGUCCCUGCGGCACCUCUCCCCCAAAGAGAGGGAGAGAGUCAGCCACCUGCGGCAAAGGGACCUGGACCUGGUGUUUGAGAAGAUCGCGCAGCUCAAGGGUCGGCUGCAGAGGAAGGAGGCGCUCCUGCAGGGCUACGAGCGGGACCUGGAGCAGCUCAGGCAGAGCAAAGUGUCCGUGCAGAUGUACCAGUCCCAGGUGGCCAAGCUGGAGGACGACGUCUACAAGGAGGCUGAGGAGAAGGCGCUGCUGAAGGAGGCCCUGGAGCGCACGGAGCAGCAGCUGCGGCAGGAGAGGAGGCUCAACAGGGCCACCAGGCAGCAGAAGGUUGGAGCCAAGAAAGCCACCCUAAAGAUGGACCAAGAAAAAGAGACAAGGAAGGAAACGCCCACCAAAUACAGCCAGAGUCUUUCGUUUGCUAAGCCUGGAGGGAGGAACUAAGACGACCUCACCCUGCCUGGCCUCCAGCGAUAGCUCUGAGUCAGUUUGACUCUCGCUGUCGGAAUCCUAAGAGACUCUAGGACUUUAACGCUUGUCACCGGGUGUUGUCUCUACGGGCGUCGUCACAGUGUGGCCUUCCGGGUGUGGGGGAGAGGGUUUCUCUCACACAUACCAAUCGUUGUGUACCCACUCAGGCUGUGAAGAGACUGUUUACAACCCAGGCUCCCCGCCUGGUAGCCGCUACCUUAUGUAGUCCUCAUUUGGGUCAAGUUGGACCCAAACAACACAGCCCCAAGGAGCCCCACAAGACCCCAGUGGGGAACACCUCAGACCUGCCCUGCAGCUCCAAGGCAGGGGGGAACUCCGGGCUCUGGGGCCGUGGUAGAGCGGCUUUGUAUCUAAGUUUACUGUAUUAUAAUAAAUUUAGACGCCAAUCAGCUUUACUGCUUCUGUGAUAUGACUGAUGUUUCUGUGGCGCUCCGCAGUUUUCACAAGGCUUCUCUGUCAAUCCUUCCCUGAGCCCAUUUUACGGAUGAGGAGACUGAGGCCGGCGGGGGGGCUAACUGGCCUGCCUGAGGUCACACAGCUAGUGGAUUCGGCAGCUGGGGGUUGAACACCAAUUUUCUAGUUCUGUGUCCUACUGUCCAUUCUGCCACACCAAGAUGGCGCAGUCACUGCAGACCCAGGCCACAAGUGUCCCGUCACCAAAGAGCGCACAGCCCGGGAGGACACGCCCCCUCGCCGGGGGUUUGCCUCACGCCCCCCUUCUCCCACACCCUGCCUCCUCUCUCACCACCUGUCUUCUCUGGCAGGGUAGAGCCAGAAGUCACGAG